AUGAUUCCUAUUCCUCAACAACCAAUUCAAACUAUGGUGAAUGCAAUUCGCAAGACAAACGAACUCAGAAUCGACCUCACCACUGAUGAAAUCGUCCUUCUUGGUGAAGCUGAUGAAUCGGCAGGAAAACUGCUCCAAGGAUCCCUGCUCUUGACCCUUGCAGAACCCAUCAAAGUCAAAUCAAUCUGUCUAAAGUUUUCUGGAAAGAUGAAAGUAUCAUGGUCUGAAGGCGUAGGUCAUCAUCAACAUUAUCACAAACAAGAACGAACUAUCCUUCAACACAAAUGGCAAUUCGUACCUGUAGCUGGUGUAGCUCCAAAGAAAACUUAUACCCUUGCCGCAGGUCACCACAAGUGGGACUUUGAACUCAACCUGCCAGGUGACCUUCCCGAAUCGCUCGAAACAGAAGGCGGUAGAGUGUCUUAUGGCCUCAAGGCUGUCAUUGAACGAACAGCCUUUGUGCACAACAUGGUCAAAAAGCGAUCCAUCAGAAUCAUUCGUUGCAUGCUCCCAUCAGAAUUCGGUCUCUCCCAAACCCUCGAGAUCCACAACACCUGGGCUGAAAAGAUGGUCUAUGACAUUGCUUUACCCUCAAAAGUGUAUGCCAAUGGUGAAAACAUCCCAAUCUCAUUCAAUAUCUUACCCUUGGCCAGCCAACUACGAGUCAGAUUCCUAACCGCAUUCCUAAAAGAAUACUGUACUUAUACUGCAAACGACUAUUCCAAGACAGACACUCGCAUGGUUGGAACCGAACGUAUCAAUCAACCUUUCCACGAACAAGACACCCAAACAUCUGCCUCAACCAUAACACCACAAGCAGCAGCAGCGGCAGCGGCAGACGCAGCAGCACUUUUGGCAGCAACAGGAACAGCAUCACCGAGUCAAUAUAAUGGAUAUUGGACAAAGGUAGUCGACUUAAAAGUCCCAGACGCCUCUCCUCUCGUGUUUUGUGAUGCUGACAAUGCAAUGAUCCGCAUCCGUCACAAACUCAAGUUUGUCAUCUCUCUUGUCAAUGCCGACGGUCACUACUCUGAGCUACGAUGCUCUGUACCGAUCAUCAUUAUCGACUCUUUUGCUCAACAGGCUGAAAUCAGCAACCUGCCUGCAUACGACCAAUCCUGGCGCUCAGUCCCUUAUGACCCCAGUGUAUGGGAUGCGCUUCGAUCAGGCUCUGGCUCAUUCUCAGGCUCGACACCUUUACCACCACUGCAACCAUUACAGCAAACACAACCACUAUCCAUCAAUACUCAAGCAAAUACAUCAUCACCAUUAUCAUCAUCAUUCUCAGCUUCUGCUGCCUUUAAUCCUCAUCAUUCUCGUAUUCCGUCUGUCGAUCAAGAACGCCAACCGAUUACAAUCUCUGGACGUACACGCGCACUCUCAAUUGCCUCUAAUUCUCUGCUGUCCUCCACUCCACCAAGCACCUCUUUGGCAGCCACGGAUAUUCCCAUCAAAGGAAGAACAGCCGGAAUGGGCAGUGGUGGGAUGGGAGGAAUGAGUGGAUCUGGAGGAGGGAUGGGAGGAAUGGGAGGAUUCAGACGAUUUGAUCCAGGUAUGGACAUGACCUCGGCUAGUCCAGUUAGUCCAGUAAGCAUGUGGUGGCAAGGCAUGGAUCUCUCCAGGGUUCCAUCGUAUCGCACUGCUGUUCAAUUUGCACCUGCCAAUGUUUCAUCUUCUUUACCCACUUACGACUCUCUUGAAACAUCACCCCACCCAUCUCGUUAA